AUGAAUGGCGAGAUCGCCGCGAAUCCGCGGUUGGCUUCUCCGGCUUCCCGAAAUGCCUCCGCGCUACAAGGCGCCUCCAUCGCCUUUCAACAAUCUCGUCCAUCGUCUACAGUGAACAACCCUCCCUCUGCUGCUGCUGCAGCCGCCGUGGCUAGCAGCUGGAAUCGCCAUGCAGAAUCCAAUCGUUCGAAUAUGGAUUCCGACCCUGCUCCUGAGGUUGGCUCGGUGCGCGACAAGAUUGGAAGGUUGGCAACAAACUCCCUCUCCCCGCCUACUAGCGACCCUCGCAUGAGAGGACGAACAUCCCCAUCCCCAUCCCCAUCGUCCCCCGCACCCGAACAGAUUGCCGCCAGGCUUGCUGCCUCGAGAUCGCCCGAUAGGAGACAGGAGGCAUCCUCCGCCACUGCCGCCGCGAGGCUCGGUGCAAUGCGCAGUGCCAGCAGAGCAGCGCCGCCACCCCGACCCGCCGAAGAACGACGAGAACUACGCUCACCAACCCCAAUUCGACCUACUCCUCCUCCUCCUCUCAAAAGUCCCGUGGACAGUAUGCUUCCGGAUGACCCUCCAAACAUCGGUCUCGAAUCCAAGAUUCGGCGCCCGCCGUCUGUUCAAUCCAAAGCAAGUACUGUAUCCAGGGCAAGCAGUGUAUAUUCCACAGCCCCGAGUCCUCACCCCUCUAUUACGCCUCGGUCCCCAGCUGUGCCCAUCGAAGAUUUUAAACCAGCUCUUCCUCCGCGGUCCUCUACAGGCCUCUCCUCUGCGUCGUCGAUUGUGUCCGCAGCCGGGUCGAUCAAAAAGAAACCGGUCGGGGCCGGUGGUGGAUCCCUGGUUCGCGCAAACACCCCGAGUAUGGGGUCAAUAUCGGUGGCAUCUCACAACAGUAGCUCGAGUGCGGGCGGCAUGAGCGAGGAGGCUCUAUCCAAUGCCAUUGUCGCGUCCUCCUUGGCAUCGGCUCGCGCAUCGCCCGUAUCCAAAUUAGCUCCACCACCUCCCCCACAACGGCGUCGGGCGCGAUCUCGGUCCCUCUUGCAGCAGCUAGCGCCUUCGCCGAAGAGUGAUCUUUCAAGGACGCCAAGUCCACCCAAGGGCAUGCCACAGACCCUGCGCGGCAUACCGAAAGCCGACGAAGCCGAGGACCGUCACCGGUCUAGAAUGCAUUUGAUCCACAAGCAUCCACAUAAACAUCAUGAAGGAGAUCGGAAACGAUGGCGCCGCGAGGUGACAGAGAAGGAACGUAAACGCUACGAGGGUGUUUGGGCCUCCAACAAGGGGUUGCUCAUCCCUCCGAGCCGGGGCAAUGACGGAGAUCGACGACCGCAACCUGCGGAGAUGGUGCUGAACCUUGUUGUACGGGAGAUCUGGUCGCGCAGCCGCUUACCACCCGCCAUCCUGGGACAAGUGUGGGAGCUUGUGGAUCACCAGCGUGUCGGGUUGCUGACGAAAGAAGAAUUCGUGGUUGGAAUGUGGUUGAUCGAUCAGCAGUUGAAGGGCCAUAAGCUACCGACCAAAGUACCGGAGAGUGUGUGGGACAGUGUUCGGUAUGUGACAGGCAUUCGAUUAACCACGACGGGCAGCAAGGCCUAUCCGUAG